UAAGAUCGGCCUCUUCGGCGGAGCCGGCGUCGGCAAGACGGUGCUCAUCAUGGAGCUGAUCAACAACGUGGCCAAGGCGCACGGAGGCUUCUCCGUAUUCGCAGGAGUGGGCGAGCGCACGCGCGAGGGCAAUGAUCUUUACAACGAGAUGAAGGUCGGCGGAGUCAUCACUGACGACUACAAGACCUCCAAGGUGGCGCUAGUGUACGGGCAAAUGAACGAGCCGCCCGGCGCUCGCGCACGUGUCGCUCUAACUGGUCUAACGCUCGCCGAGCAUUUCCGGGACAAAGAGGGACAGGACGUGCUGCUGUUUGUGGACAACAUCUUCCGUUUCACUCAAGCUGGUUCGGAGGUGUCGGCGUUGCUGGGCCGCAUCCCGUCGGCCGUGGGCUACCAGCCGACUCUGGCUACCGACAUGGGCACCAUGCAGGAGCGGAUCACCACCACCAAGACCGGCUCCAUCACCAGUGUGCAGGCAGUGUACGUACCAGCUGACGACCUAACAGACCCAGCACCAGCCACCACCUUUGCUCACUUGGACGCCACCACGGUGCUGUCCCGAGCCAUUGCAGAACUGGGCGUAUACCCAGCUGUGGACCCGCUGGACUCCACGUCACGAGUCAUGGACCCCAACAUCAUUGGGCAUGAGCAUUACGGGGUGGCGAGAGGAGUGCAGAAGAUUCUGCAGGACUACAAGUCGCUGCAGGACAUCAUCGCCAUCCUGGGCAUGGACGAGCUGUCUGAAGACGACAAGCUGACCGUCGCGCGCGCACGGAAGAUCCAACGGUUUCUGUCGCAGCCUUUCCAGGUUGCAGAAGUAUUCACCGGUCACAUUGGCAAACUGGUGAAAUUGGAGGAAACCAUCAAAGGAUUUAAGAGGAUCCUGGGGGGAGAGCUGGACCACAUCCCAGAGGCGGCGUUCUACAUGGUGGGCACCAUCGAGGACGUGGUGGCGAAGGCGCAGGAGCUCGCCAAGAGCGUGUGAACAUGGCGCAAUAAAG